AAAGAGUUAGUGAUACUUUCAAACUGAACUUCUUGAUAGUCAUGUCAAAUGCAUUGAUUGGGACAACAAGCUCAUCCUAUGUUGACAAGCAGCUUCUUAGGAUUGAUGAUGAUCUGGACCAUUUACAAAGAUACAAUUGGUCAGAAUAUCUUCUCCACUACCUUGUGAUAGCAACAGAAGCCUGGAAUAGGACAGCUUCUACUUUUUUCCGUGGAUCUUUGGUUUUUCUCACUUUGUUAUAUGUUGACCGUGUAAGGCAUAUGGGUAUAAAACUAGUUGAGAGAACAUUGCCUUCUUAUAUUGGCUGGACACACGAUGAGCUAAAGGAAAGGCAAAGGAUGGAAGUAAUUGAUGGCAUUUUUGGAGUCGGAUCACUUGUCCCUCCUAUUAGGGAAAUUUUAAAAGAAACUGAUUGUUGCAAAGCAGAUCAAACAAAGAAUGAAUAUGAAGAUGAUUGGGAUGAUCCUGAAGUAUGGAAACAGAUGGAUGAAGUAGUGAAAAUUCACAAAGAGAAGAAGAAUUCAAAAACAACACAACAAAGAGAUGACAUGGCUGAAGAUAAUACAGAUGAAGAACCUCCAACAGAGGAUGUUAUUGAAAAAUUACUUACAAGAGCACAAGACUUGGUGGCUUCAAAGUUAAAAUUUGAUGAUGACCUGAAGAAAGCUCUAGAGAUGUACCCAGAUAAUGACAGCCUACACUUCAUUGUUGAAGUGAUGGAUGAGCAUUUUCACCAAAGAAAAACAAGUGAUGUGGAAGAUGAUGAACAACUUUGGGCAGAGGAUCCUUUUUUUAAUGAUCAACAAGAUGAUACGAUCAUUCAAGAUGAUCAACAUGAUCAAAUAAUUCCAGAAAAAGAUGAUCAAAUCAUUCAAGAUGAGAAUCUGGAAAGUAAUCAAGAUACAGAUAUUGCUAAGUCCAGCACAAAGCUUCCAGUUGCCAAAAACAACCAAGAUGUCAUACCAUCUUUUUCCCUUGGAAUAGAAGAAUCAAAAGAUUUAACAAAUGCGACUGUGGAAAAUCAAAAUUCUUUUAUCACCCCAGAACCAGCACAAAGGAAAAAGAGCGCAAGGGACAAAAAAGUCGGUCCUUAUGGGAAAUCACCAUUCAUCAACAGAGUGAUCGAUAUUAAGACAAAACUUGACAAAACAGACAUGGGAUUGUGGCUCUUCUUGGUCCAGAAAAAAGAUAUGCUGUAA